CAAGGCGCGGGGCGGGGCGAGGAGGGGCAGCAGGUGCGAGUAUAUAAUGAAGGCGUGGAUGAUGGUGGUCACUCAUUCUCUUGGUACAGAUCCAGGUGGCAGCAGUCCUCCCACAGCACAACUUGAACGCAACCAUGUUCAGAUACGGCCUCCUGUUUUUGCUGGCGGCGAGCAGCGCUGUGCUGGCCCUGCCAGGGAACCCCAUUCAAUUCUACGCUCCCCCGCAGGAGACCCAACAGGUCGACCAGUUCUAUGCCCCUCCCAUCAAGGAGAAGCUUUGCGAGCCGCAGUACGUGGAUAAGUUGGUGACUGUGACCGAGACUGUUCCCUCCUACGUCACCACCACUGUCGAUAACUACGUCACGGUCACCGAAACCCAGCAGGUCACCGACUACAAGACCGUCGUGUCCACCGUGGUGGAGCCCUCCUACAUCACAGAAACCGUGGUCUCCACCGUGGUCGACGUUGUCUACAGCACUGAUUACGUGACCACGACCCAGGUGGUGACCGACACUGUCUACUCCACUCAGAUUCAAUACGAGACCGUGGUCAGCACCGUCGUGGAACCUUCCUACAUCACUGAGACCGCUUACUCCACGAUCCACAGCACUCAGUACUCCACUGUGUCCGUCACCGAGACCAGUUACCUGACCGAUACCGUCACCUCCACCCAGGUCCAGGUGGAGACAACCUCCCUGUACGUCACCGAGGUGGAGACCGUGUACUCCACUCAGUUUUCCACCGUCACCUCCUACGUCACCACCACCCUGAAGAUCGAGACCCCGCAAACCACCAAGGGCGGUUACGACUACGUGCCACCCGUCAAGGGCAUAAAAUUGUAAGUCAUCACCGGGAUCUCGUACUUGAGGAUGAGCCGGGACGAGCAGACAUAGCCAUCCAGGCACUGCUUUUACCACCUCCUGCUGUCUAAGGAUAUUUACACUUCAUAACUAUAUUAUUGCUCAUAAUUUAAAUAAAGUUUUUAGGUAAA